AAUGUUCUUAUGCUAUUCAUUUGAAAUACAGGUGGGUUCAUUCGUUUCUGCUUAUAUUCACUCUUCGGGGGGUUUCUUCAUCUUCGUUGAUUUCUUUUAUUUCAAUACACAGCAGAACAUUAACAUAGUCCCCAAAAGUCCAAUCUAUACAAAAAAGUGCGCUCAGGAAAGUGUUCAUCUCCUAAUUCCCACCCACCUGCUGUAGGAAGCCAGGGUCGUUUGUUUCUGGUUUAUCCUUCCUGCAUUUCUUUCAGCAAAUUUUUUAAAAAGAUAAACUACAUUUUUAAAUUUACUUGAAUGAUUCUGGAGGAGCGCGGACUCUCCAACCAACCAUAGCCCCCAUCCCUCCUUAUUGUGCCUCCCAGUCCAUUUUCUCAUUUGCUAUUUCUGCCUGGCCUUGCUAAGCCCUCCCCAGGCCCUGGGGGCUCAGGGGCUGCCCCAGCCUGCAGGCCCGACCAGGCAGGGAGAGGCCCGAUGCCUCCUCUUUCCUCUGAACAGUAACUUCAAAAGUCCAGCUUCGCCUCCUAGAGGUAAAUGCCCACAUUCAAAUGGCAGACCGGACCCCUAGGAAGCAUGUGACCUGGGUUCCAGGUACGACUCAGCUGCACGAUCUGGGACACACUCCUUCCCUCUCUGGGCACCAGUUUCCUCUUCUGAAUAAUGGAGAAUUGGGCUGAGGCCCUUCACAUGCUAGCAGGAAACAAAUCCAACCCGGAGAUGCAAGUCCUGGUCACGACCACCUAAAUCUCUCCUGGUGCUGAAACGUGCCUGUGAUGGGUUCCAGGAGCACAAGCGUGAGCGAGAUACAGACCAGGUCCCGGCUCUCACAGGCUUACGUUCUAGUAAAGCAAGCUCUAAACAAGCAGGUGCGUAGAUGUGAAAUACAGUAUCAGGUAGGGAAGGUACCAGGAAGAAAAAUUAAGUAAAAGGCUCAGUGAUAGGAGAAGGGAAUGAUUUUAGAAUACACGGUCGCUGAAGGCCUCUCUAAAACAGACCUGAAUUAGAUGAGGGAGCGAGCCAUGGACAGGUCUGAGGGAAGGGUGUUUUAAAAGAGGAAACAGCCAGUGCAAAGAUCCCGAGGUGGAGACCAAUUUGACAUGUGGGAAGCCCAGCGAGAUGAUUGCCGUGGCUGGAAGGAGGGUAGGCAUGGAGGAAGGUGACCUCAGCCAGGUGGGAAGAGCAAUUCAGCACAGAGGAGCUGAGCUUCUGUUGAGGAUGGGAAGCUCUUGGAGGAAUGAGAGCAGUGUCAGGACCCGCCGGAUUUGUUUUUAGAGGAUCCACUUCAACCACUGUGUAGAGAGUGGACUGUAGGGGCGUGCAUCAGUCUAGGUCCGGUCAGCAAAGCAGAAAUCACUCUAGGUAUUUCAGAUAAGAGAAGUUUGAUACAGGAAAGGAGACGAGAAGGGUGGAAGCUGCUACCACUCUUAGGGUGGAGCCAUAAUGGAAGGAGAUGGUAUUCCGAUGCCCAGAGGCCAGAGUCACCUGCAGGUGCUAGAAGCACAGAGCAGGGGCUUCCUGAAGGAGAGAGAGGCCACCUUCCACAGAGGUAGAUCGACAGCCCUAGGCUGAGCAUGAGAGGGAAAACACACUGCUUCUUCCUCCUUCCACGCUCCCACGUGCUCCGUCUAGACUCUGGCCUUGCCUGCGCUAGGCCCCCUCCGGAGGCGCCCCCAGCACUUUCUCACAGCAUAGCCUCCCGCCUCCAGCUGGCAGCUGCUAGGACCCAGGGGGCUGGUGCCAGGCCCUGCCCUUCCCUUGCCAGCUCUGUGUGUCUGUAAAGGGCAACAUCAGAGUGACAGCCAGUACCAUCUCCAGCAGGGGCUGAGUUGCUGGGGCAGACAGAGGAGAGAGCUGCAGCCUCAGUCUUGCGCCCCUUCCAUGGGGCCACCCAAGUCCCCAAGAGGAUGGUGGCCUGGGCAGCGGAGCCAGGGCCUGGGCAGCCCACGAGGUGAGGGGCCAGAGGAGCACGGGGCUGGCGGUGGCAGUGGGGGGAGAGUACUAUUCCAUCUCACUCUCUGCGUCCCAGCACAGGGUGAAGCCUGAACGCUCGGAUGGCCAACGCCACAGGGCUGAACGCCGCAGAAGCCGCGGGCUCCAUGGCGUUGAUCCCGGCGGCUGUUGUGGAGGCCGCCGCACUGCUGGGCAACGGCGCGCUGCUGGCCGUGGUGCCGCGCACGCCAGGACUGCGCGACACACUCUACCUGGUGCACCUGUGCAUCGUGGACCUGCUGGCGGCCGCCUCCAUCAUGCCGCUGGGUCUGGUGGCCGCGCCGCCUCUGGGGCUGGGCCGCCUGCGUCUGGGCUUCGCGCUGCCCGCCCUCCUGUUGCUCGGCGCCUACGGCAGCAUCUUCCUGGUGGCGCGCCGCGCUGCCUUGCGGCCACCACCGCCCGCGCGUGGAACCCGGCCGCGCUCCGACUCUCUGGAUAGCCGCCUUUCCAUCCUGCCGCCUCCCCGGCCUCGCCUCCCCGGGGGCAAAGCAGCCCUGGCCCCCGCGCUGGCCGUGGGCCAAUUCGCAGCCUGCUGGCUGCCUUACGGCUGUGCGUGCCUGGCGCCCGCUGCGCAGGCUGCGGCAGCCGAGACGGCUGUCACCUGGGUAGCCUACUCGGCCUUCGCGGCUCACCCCUUCCUGUAUGGCUUGUUGCAGCGCCCUGUGCGCCGGGCGCUGGGCCGCCUGGCCCGCCGAGCGCUGCCCUGGCCCCCGCGGGCCUGUUCUCUGCGCGCCUGCACUCUGCGGGCCUGGCACCCGCGCGCACUCCUGCAGCACCUCCAGGGCCCUCCAGAGGGCCCUGCCCUAGGCCCUUCUGAGGCACCAGAACAAGAUCCAGGUUUGGCAGGAGGGGAGAGCCUCGGCAUGCGCAAGGCCACCUGAAAGGAAAUCUAUCUCAUACGCUGAACUGGGACUACAGAGAGGAGGGUGGCAUCAGAAGAGGCUCAUCCAGCCUCCCGCGCAGGUCGUGGCAGGUGCCCUGCCUAGACUUCUGGCUUCGGAAUGGAAGAAAGGGAGCCUGCAGCCUGGUGAAGCCGGGAGCUCCUGGGAGCUAGGGACGCCCAGUUCUGGGCCUAACUGUGCAUGGCCUUGUGUACAGACCUAUCCUUCCCUAGGCCCGUUUCUCUCUCUGUAUCCUGGACCAUCUCUAAGGGUUUCUCCAGCUUACGUGGUUUGGACACUCAUGGAUGAUGCCCUGGCGGAGAAAGGAGCAGAAGUGGGCAGGAUCACAAAGAAGGCCCUAAGGGCUCACAGCCAAAGAGAUGGGCCAAGCAGGGCAGCGUCUGGGUUAUGGCCACGGCAGGAGGAACCAGUAGAGAGACGCUCAGAAUGACUUUCCUGACAUCUGCACCCAGGAGAGGCUGGACAAAGCUACUGGAAAUCCUCCAUCAGCUUCUAAAUUGCCCAGAAAACCGAAUCAGUUUGGUGCUAGAGGCAGGAGGCUGGACAUGUCCACCAAAGGGUCCUGAAGCCCCAGAACCGGC